GUAUAAAUUGUGGAAGAAUUGAUACUCAUAUAAUAACAAGAGAAAUUACAGUGCGAGUAUCCUGGUUACCUAUAAUAAUAACAGUUCUAAGUAUGCAUCUGAUAUAUAAAUAUAUUCAUUCCGCUAUAUCAACAAUCUUAGAUUACGACAUCCGUCUAAGAUCAAGCGUGGCAAAUUGUUGGCAUUGAUCCUAUUGACGUUUUCUGGUAAUCGCAUUAUUAAUUCAAACUAAAGCAUUUUCAAUCAGUGACUUUUUGAUGUCUAAUCUUUUAACGUUUUUAAACAUCAAAGAAACUCUUUAUGGAUUCUAUUCCUUGAACUUUAAGAAUGUAUCUGUCUGAUGCAUACAUACAUUCUGCUGUAUCGACAUUUUUCUUAGAUUAUCGUAUCCGUCUCAGUUUACGUGUGACAAACUGCUGGCAUUGCUCCAGCGUUUUCUAGUAAUCGCAUUAUUAAUUCAAACUAAAGCAUUUUCAAUCAGUGAUUUUUUGACGUUUAAUCUUUUAAUGUUUUUAAACAUCAAAGAAACUCUUUAUGGAUUCUAUUCCUUGAACUUUAAGAAUGUAUCUGUCUGAUGCAUACAUACAUUCUGCUGUAUCGACAUUUUUCUUAGAUUAUCGUAUCCGUCUCAGUUUACGCGUGACAAACUGCUAGCAUUGCUCCUGCGUUUUCUAGUAAUCGCAUUAUUAAUUCAAAUUAAAGCAUUUUUAUUGAAUGAUUGAGAAAGAUAGAAAAUUAAACAUCAAAAAAAUUCUUUAUGAAUUCUAUUCCUUGAACUCUAAAUAUGCAUCUGCCUAAUACAUACAUACAUACAUUCUGCUAUAUCAACAUUUUUCUUAGAUUACAGAUUUUUCUUAGAUUAGUAUCCGUCUCAGCUUACGCGCGAUGAACUGCUGGCAUUGCUCUUGCGUUUUUUAGUAAUCGCAUUAUUAAUUCAAAUUAAAGCAUUUUCAAUCAAUGAUUAGAAAAGAUAAAAAAUUAAACAUGUAAGAAAUUCUUUAUGUGUUCUGUUCCUUGAACUGUUAUCCUUAUAGGUAACCAGAUUACUCGUAGUGCAGUUUACCUUGUCAUAUUUUCAGCAUCAGUUCUUCCACACUUUAUACACACUUAAUUAUAUAAUAUACUAAUUAGUAUAAUAAAAUAAUUAUUUUGUACAAUUAUAUGUAUAAUAUGCACGCGAUAUUUUCACAGAUUUAUCAUUUUUGCCUCACUUCUAAGUAUAUAAUUUAUUUUAACAAAAACACUCCAUUCAUUCAACUACAGUUAUUCUCAUUAAUUCUAGAGGAGUGUUUUACAUAUGCAGCUUUAUUUAGUUAUCUAUUCGCAUAUUUAUAUUCAUAUUAUCUACCGCUACUGCAAUUAUGCGAUUCGACCAAAGUUCAAUACGUGUUUGUAUAGGAGGUCACGAAAGGAAGCUGUUAGUGUAAAACAGAUAAAAUUUCUGUUUGAUUAUGAUUUCCGUGACAGUGAUGCAAUAUUCCUAUAUAAAUGGGGGUAGAGAGUUCGGAAAAUUCAGUAUAAAUCGUGCUUUUGGGCGAGUGAUAAGUUUCAUAGCAAAAAUAUAAAAUUGCUUUCGAAUCACGAUCACGCUUGCUUUAUAGUUGUAUCGAUAUCUUCUUUGCGAAUAAAAGCCACACGGAUUUAAUAUAUCGAAGACUUUAUUACAGUAACAAGAAUUUAUUCUGAAAGAAAUGUCAUGUUGUGCACUGGCAUUAUGAAAAUUGUGAACAAUAUGAAUAAUGAUAAUUUGACAUAUGUGAUAUCGUCAUUUUUUUUAUAAUAAAAGCCUAUUGAUAAUUCAUAAAAAAUAAUUUUAUGAUCUUGCAUGCACAGAAUGUAUGAAGGACAUAUUUUAUAAUUAGGAAGAAAGUAGAAACCCUGACAUAAACCGAUACCACUUGCCAAAUUUCAUUUUCUCAUUAAAUACAUAAUAUUAGUGUGAUAAACGUCUUUAUGACCAGAGUGUACGCACCUGAAAAUCUAAGAAGACGUUUAGUAAAAAUAUGAUUAUUAUCUUGACGCUUAUUGCAUUCUCUCAAUUAUAUAGUUAACAAACGAUUUACCAAUGUUAUAACAGGAUUUUAUAUAAAUAAAAUCAAUUUCUAUCGCCAUCUUAUUUUCUCUUUUCUCAAUUGCACGUUCAAACAAAAGACGAUUGGAGGGGAGAGGGUUAUAAGGAAAAAUCUCCACUAAGCCAUCGGAAUCGUUGCACAGAUAUGAUGAUCGUGAGACAACUUUGAUAUCCGACUGGCCGAUCGUUCGUCUGGAGCAACGUAACACUGUGUUUACCAACUUGUUUCACCUGUCACUAAUCAGCUGAACUGCGUAUGUCCUAUUCGCCCGAAACAUUUAAUACACGAAGGAGCAAGAGAGAAAGUAUAUCAUUGGAAUGAUGUCCGAGAACACACAAACGGGAGCCAUGAACUAUGACAACCUCGCGUUAAAAUGCUGGCUUUACUGCAUCGGACCAGUCCGCCGUUGCGAAGAGCUGAAAAAGUUGAAAGCAGACCUACAGAAUCUUGGAUUAUCACGUAGACAGGUACAUCAAGGCUUGAUACAAUUAGCGACGAAACCGCAUGUAGUCCUUACGCGGCAGAUACCAUAUAGAAGAUAUAGAUUUAAAAACUUGUCGGAAGAUGAAAGAGGAAAGAAUAUCAUUGAUAAUCUCAGAACAAAGGCUUUAAAUUUGCGUCCGCGAAUUGAAGAUAUACAUAAAUCAAACACGACGGAAAGAUUUAUCAAAAAAGAGAACAAAUAUAUAAAAAAAGCGGAUGGUGUGACAGCAUAUGAAAAUGCAUUGAUAAGCAGCAAUCAAGAAUUAUUCGUACCAAACAUAUGUUAUAAGUUAAAAAAUCCAUUAGCAACAAUGCAUUCCUUUGAUGAAACGCUAAAACAGUUGGAUGAAUGUAUUUCAUCGAAAAUGAUAGUGAAUGAAAAAUCCACUAAUAUAAAAAAACUGGAAAAUAAUAUAGUUUCAAGUAAAAAAUGUAAUAAAGAUGAAAAUCAUCAUUGUAUUUGUGAACAUAAAAAUACUCAAAAAAUCCAAGAAGUUCCUAAUUUAAUAUCGGACAAAGUAAGUUCAAAAAGAAUAUUAAUGUUCAAUAAAUAUAAAAAAAAACGUAUUGAACCUAAAUUGAAACUAAAUUCUUGUUUUGCCAAGAAAGUAAGAAAUGAUUCUAUAAAAUCAGACGAUUAUAAGAAAGUAGAUACUAAAAACGUAAAAUCGGAUAUCGGUAAAAAAUUACAUAAUGAUAAGAAGAUCAUAGAUAUCAAUGACAAUUCUAUGCCAGACAAAAAUACAUACUCUAAACAUGAGGACAGUACAUUAAAUUGUAGUCAUAACACUGAAGAAGUAACAAAGGUGAUGGAGAAUACACAUAAAAGAAAGCUGCGUAAACUAAUAGUUUCAGAUAAAAAUAAAGAAAUUAUCAAAAAAAAAAGAAAAAUAAAAGAUAGAUUUCGAACAUAUUUUGGAGAUUGUAUAAGUGUUAGUGAAGAUGAACAAGAGCAAAAUAUUAUAGAAGAAAGAUUUAGAAAGACAAGAAAAAGAGAUUCUGUUGAUUCUUGUGAGUCUGGAGUGUAUGUUGCUGAAAGAAAUAUAACUAUGACUGCUGCCCAUGUUGAUAUAAUUCAGAAAUCAAAUGAAGAUACAUCUCAGGGGAUCAUUGCUAAUGUUGAUAUAAAUCAUAAACCAAAUGAUGAUAUAUCUCAAAGGACCAUUGCUAAUCUUGAUAUAAUUCAUAAAUUGAAUAAGAAUACAUCUCAGGAGACCAUUGUCAAUGUUGACACAAAUUAUGGAUUAAAUGAAGAUACAUCUCAGAGGACCAUUGUCAAUGUUGAUGUAAUUCAUAAAUCAAAUGAAGAUACAUCUCAGGCAAUCAUUGCCAAUGUUGAUAAAAGUCAUAAAUCAAAUGAAGGUACAUCUCAGGGUACUAUUGCCAACAUAAUUCAGAAAUCAGAUGAAGAUACAUCUCGGAGAAUCAUUGCCAAUGUUGAUGUAAUUCAUGAAUCAAAUGAAGAUACAUCUCAGGGAAUCAUUGCCAAUGUUGAUACAAGUCAUAAAUCAAAUGAAGAUACAUCUCAGAGUACCAUUGCUAAUAUAAUUCAGGAAUCAGAUAAAGAUACAUCUCAGGGGAAUAUUGUCAAUGUUGAUACAAUACAUGAAUCAAAUGAAGUUGCGGAUAAUACAAAUAAUAAAACUACUAAUCAAAUUGGAGGUGCAACAAAUUUUGUGGAAAUUGAAUGUAAUAAAUUACAAAAUAAUACACAUGAAAACAAAACACAUAAUACUGAAAUAGAAAAAAAAGAAUUAUCUCGAAAUAAGGAGUUCAUCAAUUUUUCUGAGAAGAAUAAUAUUGAAAAAAGUAAACAUGCAUCAAGUGUUACAGAUAUAUUCCAAAUAACUGAAAAAUCAAAAGUUAAUGUUUCUACAGCAAAAAUAAAAGCAACUACAGAGAUAAAUAAUAUAUUACCUUCUGACAUUCCAGAAAUUUGUAUUCCAAGUCAUGAUACAGUAGCUAUAAGUAAAAAUUUGUCAGGAUCUGAAAAAAGUAAUUUAGAUACAACAGAUUUAAAUGAUCUUCUUCAUAUGAGAUCUUUUAAAACUUGUCAGAUCAGAUCAAAUGGAAAUGUUCUUAGUAUUCAAGAAAUUGACAUGAAUGCAGAUGUUGGUGAAAAUUCACAUUUAAAGAAACUGUCAGAAAUACAAAUUAAUUGUAAUCACAGUAUUACAGAAAGAGUAUUAAACUAUAAUGAAAAAGAUAAAGAAGUACAAUUAUCUUCUAAUACAAAUAAAACUGAUAAUGUUAUUUCUACAAAUAAUAUAUCUAAUGUGAAAAAUAAUGAGAAUGAAUUAGCAGUGAAAAAUUCUGAAUUAAGUAUUUUAGAAAAGAAAGACAUUCAAUCCAAUAAGUUACCUCAAGGUAAAUUAAGAGUUUUAUCUAGUGCAGAACUAGGUGCCAGAUGGUGCCCCACACCUGUAAACAGUGUUACAUCUACUGUUCAAUUUUCACAUGAAAAUACAGAAACUCAAACAGUACCCGAAACAACAGUUUCAAUUCCUGCACCUGUAUCUGAAACUGCUAGUCAAACAACAAUUCCUAAGAAUAUGAAGAAAUAUACGGAUUCAAAAUUUUCAAAAUUUGUGUAUGUUACUCUUAUAAAGAUACGUAAUUUAAUUCAGAAUAUACGGAUAUCUCCAAAUACUAAUUUAAAUUAUGAUAAAUUAUUAAAUAUGGAAUUCCAAAAAUUAAGAAAAAUCUUGAAUACUGACGAUUUUAUUGAUCUAAUAAAAGGAAUUGUAAAUAUACUUAACAAAGAAAUGUUAGUAAUUCCACCACUAUCAUUAAAUGAGUUGUUUUUGUAUGCACCAUCAGUCAAAUCCUAUUAUGUCCAAAUUUUAAACAAAAAUAAGACUAUAAUAAAUAGCCUGAGUGAAUGUCGAACUGUAAAAUCUGUAGGUGUUCCAAACCAAAUAACAUUGAAUCAAAAUAGAUCUGGCGAUGCACAAGCAUCACAGGAUAUACGGGCUUCAUCUACACAAUCCAGGUUACAAUAUUUACUUUCUAUUUCUUCUGAGCAAGGUCAAACACUUCGCCCCAACAUUGUUCCAAACCAACCUCAGCAGAAUUUUCAAGACCAAAUAGUCUUACCCUUGCAAAAUAAUGUUCUUCAAAGCAAUGUAUUGGUAAAUCCCAUUACUAUGAAUAAUAACAGCCAUAAUAAUAAUAUGCAUCAACACACUUAUAUGCAAGUGCAUGCAAAUUUUACUCAACAAAAAGUUUCAAAUGUUAAUUUUGCUAAGCAGAAUCCAGUAACAAAUAUGCAUGUUAGGCAAAGCUAUCCCUUGCAAUAUUCCUUAUUUCUACCUACUGGAAGAAAUCAAUUAGGAGGAGUACAUACUUCUAUACCAGUUACAAAUGCAUCAUCUAUAAACCAACAAUAUGUUUCAUCUGUUUUUAUACCACAAACAAAUACAUAUUGUAAUAUAAAUGUACCAAGUUAUACCAUACAGCAAAAUAUGAACUCAACACAUAUAUCACAGGGGACUCAGUUACAAGGUGUCUCACAAUCUGUAUCACCAAAUCAUAACAUACCACAACCUGUAAAAACUAUGGUUGCAACGAAUAUAUCACAUUCUGCACAGCAAAAUAUGAACUCAACACAUAUGUCACAGGGGAUUCAGUUACAAGGUGUCUCACAAUCUGUAUCACCACAUCAUAACAUACCACAACCUGUACAGCAAAAUAUGAACUCAAAACAUAUGUUACAGGGGACUCAGUUACAAGGUGUCUCACAAUCUGUAUCACCAAAUCGUAACAUACCACAACUUGUACAAACUAUGGUUGCAACGAAUAUAUCACAUUCUGUACAGCAAAAUAUGAACUCAACACAUAUGUCACAGGGGACUCGGUUACAAGGUAUCUCACAAUCUGUAUCACCACAUCGUAACAUACCACAACCUGCACAGCAAAAUAUGAACUCAACACAUAUGUCACAGAGGACUCAGUUACAAGGUGUCUCACAAUCUGUAUCACCAAAUCAUAACAUACCACAACCUGUACAAACUAUGGUUGCAACGAAUAUAUCACAUUCUGUACAGCAAAAUAUGAACUCAACACAUAUGUCACAGGGGACUCAGUUACAAGGUGUCUCACGAUCUGUAUCACCACAUCGUAACAUACCACAACCUGUACAGCAAAAUAUGAGCUCAAAACAUAUGUCACAGGGGACUCGGUUACAAGGUAUCUCACAAUCUGUAUCACCACAUCGUAACAUACCACAACCUGCACAGCAAAAUAUGAACUCAACACAUAUGUCACAGGGGACUCAGUUACAAGGUGUCUCACAAUCUGUAUCACCAAAUCAUAACAUACCACAACCUGUACAAACUAUGGUUGGAACAAAUAUAUCACAUUCUGUACAGCAAAAUAUGAACUCAACACAUAUGUCACAGGGGACUCAGUUACAAGGUGUCUCACGAUCUGUAUCACCACAUUGUAACAUACCACAACCUGUACAGCAAAAUAUGAACUCAACACAUAUGUCACAGGGGACUCAGUUACAAGGUGUCUCACGAUCUGUAUCACCACAUUGUAACAUACCACAACCUGUACAGCAAAAUAUGAACUCAACACAUAUGUCACAGGGGACUCAGUUACAAGGUGUCUCACAAUCUGUAUCACCAAAUCAUAACAUACCACAACUUGUACAAACUAUGGUUGCAAUGAAUAUAUCACAUUCUGUACAGCAAAAUAUGAACUCAACGCAUAUGUCACAGGGGUCUCAGUUACAAGGUGUCUUACGAUCUGUAUCACCACAUCGUAACAUACAACAAUAUAUACAAACUAUGGUUGCAACAAAUAUAUCACAUUCUGUACCAAAAAAUUCACAACACAUUGAACAGAAACAUCAAAAAGUAGUUCCUCAAAAAAGGAUACCAAUGGAAGUUCCACAAAAUCGUAUAUCUGAACAAGUAGCAUCAUCUCAACAAUUAAAGAAAAGUACACUCAGGCGAUUAAAGAAAAAAGAGAAUCUGCAAGUUUCACUAGAAUCAACAACAAAUCUAUUCGAUAUAUUGAAAUAUAUCUCUGAUAUCCAAAAACUUAUAUUACUGAAACAACUAGACUACUACUUUGGUUGUACCACUUGGUUACAACAACAAUUUACAUCAGAAAAAUGGCAAGAAAUUCAUUCAGAGAGAUCUGUAUUACUUCAUUUCCAAACACUCCUAAAACAUCUAGUAGAAAAAACAAUAAAAAGCCUUUUACCAGAUAACUAUCAAACAAAUAUACUUAAAAAUAUUGAAAUUGAUGUUCCAAAAGUGAUACAAAUUACAAUAAAAGAAAACAAUGGAAUAUGCUGUGAAGUUGAAGCAGCUAAAAGUAACCAAGAACAGUAUAAUGCAAUGAAUAUUAAACAAAAUUGCACGAAUUAUAAAGAAAAUUCAAAUGUUACAAUAACACAAAACCAAUGUGAUAAAGAACAUGAAGCAACUGAUAAUUCACAAACAAACGGUUCUUCGAUUAAGCAGAAUUUACAAAGUCAUCAAACAUCAAACGUUGAUGUAUGUCAAGAGAAUAAAGUGGAAAGGGAACCAAACAGCUCUAGAAAUAUAUAUAAUUCAAAUACCAAAGAACUGAAUUUAGAUGAGUCAACAAAAAUAACUGAGAAUAUCCCUCAAAUAGGCAUAGAAAAGUCAUCAGCACUGUCAAAUAUGAAAUUGCUUAACAAAGAUACCCUGCAACAGUUAAAUCCUCAUCUAGUUAUUGUAGAAAUUUCUUCUAAGAAUGAUCAAGUAACUGUUGUUGAUACUAAUGCUAAUAGUGAAAAUACACCAAAAUCCAAAGAAUCUGAAGAAUAUCAAGAACAUCAAUAUUUAAAAGGUACUAUUACUGAUGACUUAACAGUAUCUUCAUUCAAAUCUCCAAAUAACAUUGAAUAUUUUAAUAAUAAGGAAUCGCACAACACUUCAUUGGAGAGACCUCCCACAACUUAUAUUAAGGAUGUUAGAAGUAUAUCAAUGGAAGCAUAUUUAAGAAUUGGUGUAACUAAUAAUGUUCCUGCAAAUACUAUGGAAGAAAAUAUUGAAGAGGAAGAAAUUAAAAUAUGUUUAUAUUGUGGCAAACCUAGUACUGUAGCAUGUAUAAUUUGUUUAGAAGCUAAAUAUUGUUCUAAAGAAUGUUCUCAAUUACAUUGGGGAGAUCAUUAUAAAGAUUGUUCACCUGUAGAAAGAAGUAUAUCUUCAUAAUUGAAACUUAGUAUUAUUUGUUAUCUUAUUGUUACAAGAACCUAUAGCUACACAGCUAUAGUUUUGUGUUAAUCAGUAUUGAUGUCUUUGGUUAGAAUAUAAGGAUAUUAAUAUAGAUUUUCUUUAU